UGUUGGUGAGUAGCAGCCGGUACCCGGACCAGUGGAUUGUCCCUGGAGGAGGGAUGGAGCCCGAGGAAGAGCCUGGAGGUGCCGCCGUGAGGGAGGUAUACGAGGAGGCUGGAGUCAAAGGAAAAUUGGGCAGACUGCUGGGCAUAUUUGAGCAGAACCAAGACCGAAAGCACAGAACAUACGUCUAUGUUCUCACAGUCACUGAAAUCCUGGAGGACUGGGAAGACUCUGUGAACAUCGGACGGAAGAGGGAGUGGUUCAAAGUGGAAGAUGCCAUCAAAGUGCUCCAGUGUCAUAAGCCUGUACAUGCAGAGUAUCUGGAGAAGCUCAAGCUGGGCUGCUCCCCGACCAACGGAAACCCCUCAGUCCCCUCCCUCCCAGAGAGCAACGCCUUGUUUGUGACGGCUGCGCAGACCACCGGGCUGCCGUCCAGUUUAAGAUAGAGGGACUGGGAAGGCCUCCUCCGGGUCCGCCUCACGGGGAGAGGUUUCUUGUCCCUGACAGACAUCUGAAUGACGCUUGCAAACUGUCUGAAUUUGCCAGGCAGGGUUUUCAAACAAUUUGCAUGUUUUUCAGAUGCUUUCAAAUCUUUUUUUUUUUAAAUAGUGUAAAAUAUUUUAAUAAGCCAAAGCCAUGUGGAAUUUUUUUUAGAUGCCUUAACUGUGCCCCCCCCCUCAAUAUUUUGGUUGUUAUUUUUCACAGCAUUUUGUUUCAUUUUUUGCCCAGUGACAUCUGCCUGGUUUGUCAGAUCAGACUACUGGGUGUAUUUUCCUCCCAAGUUGCUUUCUCAUUCACAGCAUCAGCAGUCAACAAACGCUUCUCUGGCUAAUGAAAAAUCUUGUUGGUAUUAAGAAAUUCAUCCAUCCCAAAAUGUGUUUUCUGGGAUUACAGUUUUAAUUCAUAAAUUGCAGAUGUGGGCUAUUUCUGUAUGAUCCAAUGAUUGUUGACAACGGACUGGGUUUGCUCUUUUGAGGAGUCUCAGCUUAUCCAACUGAGUUUUCGUGCCUGGUAUUAAUGCCAAUAGCCACCUGACAUGUAACUCAGUAGCAGUUGAACAUGAAGUGGAACUCUAGAGUCGGUGAUUUGAGGGCGGAUACUAGAAAUGCACGUAGUGAAUCCGUCUUACCACGAAGACUGCCUGUGGAAGCUGAGUGGGCAUGGUCAGCGGCUGAGUUUCUUGGUCUGUCCUCUCUUCCCAGAGACCCAGCUGCCCUCCACAUAAACUGCUCCUACAGCACAUCUGGUCUUUAGUCUAGUGGUUCCUUGAGUUACACUUCUGUGUUCACCAGCAGCCGCAAGGUAGGGUCUGACUGAAAUGCCGGUCAAUGCAACAGCCUGGCAGUCAAGCAUAUCCUUUCCUGCUGUUCAGCCAGUGGGACAGAGGCUGCCACAUCGUGGGAUGGCUCAUCGUUCCCAGGCUGUCAGCAGCCGCUCCUCGUCACAUCACUCACCUCUGAAGCCCCGGCACCUGCCUGAACUGAGAACUGCUUUAUCUUCCGCUUGUCUUUAUACUCACAAAAGUCAGGAACCUGUCGAAAAGCAUGGUACCCUGUCCCAACCUCCCUGCACCCCCCAAGCAGGCCGGAACAAGGAGGGAGGAACAGCUUUUGAGCUGAGGGCUAGGGAGAAAAGUUUGGGGGGGUUUUUUUUUUUUUUUUUUGGUUUUUAAUGUAGACUUUAGCCUUUUGUAAAUAUUGUAACUGGUGAGUAUAAAGUAGGAAAAAAGCAUAGUGAAAACAUUUGUUCUACAGAUUGUUAACCUUUAAAAAUAUAAUUGCUGCUAAAAAUAGAGUGCUGUUACACUUCAGGAACAUUGGUGCCAUCUGAAAAUGAGAUCUCGUGCCAUAAACGCAGCUGAACUAAAUAUAAACGUUAGUUCACAAAUUACUGCUGUCAAAGGAAGGAGUAAAGUGGAAAUACUUAGCCAAUGACAUUUCAUUCUCGAUUAUGUAGCGUGUCAAACAGGAACAUCUGGAAUUUUUAUAUUUUUCUUUGUACAGAGGUUACAUAUUCUGGGUGUUUUUUAAAAAGGAAACAUUUUCAAUCCCAAAUUGACACUUUCUAUCUUUUGCGAACUUGGGAUGUUUUGGUUCAGGUUUUGGGUCUCUGCAGUCCCUUUAAAUGAUGCGUGUCCACAGCAGAUCAGCUGGAUUGCUCUUGUACAGAAGGCUGCUUCCGCCUGCGGGGGUGCCAGUACUGGAAGCGGGGUCACCCUCUACGUGAUAUUCGGAGUGGGAAUAAUGCAUGAACUUAUUUAAUACACUCUUGGACUAUGUAAGAUAUGUACAGUAUUAAUGUCAACCGUCUCUUAGAAGCUAGCCUAUAAAUAUUGUAUAGUUUUCUUGGGUCAGAACAUGGGCAUCAGUCGGGACUCUCCAGUGCUGCUCGCCAAGCAGCGUCUUCCAUCUAUACAGCUAGCAGGAGUUUGGAGGACGCAGCGGAAUGCAGCUUCACACUCGAGUUGCCACACGAGUUCUUCACUGUUCUGAACCAAGUCUAGAAAAAUCAGGAAGGGCCCUUGCGAGACUUAUUCCUGUUCAGAGAAAAAGCUGACAUUUCCAUGCUAAACAGCUGAAUCUACUAAGACAACAAAUACUAUCUACUGUCUCAGUCCUCCAAGGUUUGUGGUGUUGGGAUUGUGCUUUGAUCCUUUUGUGAGGUAGUCAGAUAAAAGUGGGCAGCUAAAUUUUUCAGCUCCAUGUGCCUCCUAGCAAGAACAGAAAAUAAGUAGUGAUUGUGAGAUGACUUGCAGACCAGGUAGAAACUGCCUCGCAUGUUUUUUGUUUUGUUUGUUUUGUAAGCGGAUGACAUUUUCCAAGCAGGCACGUGCUAUCGAAUCACAAAGCAGAGCCGAAGGGAGAAAUGAUUGUUGUACACACUGAGUUGCUUUGCAUGGUCUCAUUUGAGAUAAUCGGUGUAAGAAUCUUGACUUUUUUUAUAUUUGGAAACAUCAAAUAAAAAUGGAAAUAAAUUA